AUGCCUGCCACCUUCAUCAAUAUAACGGUAGACCAUAUUAUGAACAUCAGGUCUAUUGUAGAUGAAAAAAAUGAUUGGAAUUUUCUAACAGGAACUACAACUAAAUUAAAUCCACCAACAAGAGUUGUAGCAGAAAAUGUUGAAGGAAAACCAGUUCAUUCAACCUUAAAAAUUAAAGAUGUUUGGCAGUCAUUAGUUAUGCAUCAAAAUCUACAUCAGGAACAUAAAAAAAUAAAAGCUAUAAUUAUAGAUGAAGUUUCUAUGUUCUCAGCAGAUACUGCAUAUUUUGUGGUAAAUGGAGGUCCUUUACAAGACGCAUUUACCCUUACUGUUCAUAAAACACAGGGCCUAACAUUAUCCCAUUCUACAAUUUCUUUGGAUACUUCUAUGUUUGAAUAUGGUCAAUCAUAUCUUGCCAUGAACAGAGCGAGGGUUGAUGUAGAAACAUUCCAAGAAUUUGCACAAGAAGAGAAUAGGACUAGAUUGUGAAUUAUCUUAUUGAUAUUUAGAAUACCUAAUCACGAAAAUUUUACAUGAAUUUAUAAGUUAAUAAAACUUACUUGAUUCCCUCUUUAAAUAGUCCUUAUUGUUUUUAUAAUGCAAUGAAAUAAAUCAAAUAG